CUCAUAUCUUAAAGGGAUCAAACGUCCGCAUCAGUGCUUGCAGAUACUGCUAGUACAAGUCACCGAUCAACCAUAUGGCUUAAAUACCACCAUCCCUGUGCAUUCCAGACUAAUGGACGCUUGUCGUGACGAGUUUAUGCGCCUAGUGGCAGACAUAAGUAUUCGAUCGCUAUGCCUCGCAGCCUCCUAAAAUCCCAACAUAUUCCACCGAACGCGGUAUGCUGAAACACGACCGAUUCAGCGCAGAAUAUUACUGGUCCACCACGCGUGGCCCAGCGCAGUUCACAGGAUCAAUCCAGCGUAUGAUUCACGACAUCGGUACUCCGAGCUUUUUGGAAAUAGGACCUCACCCAGCUCUCGCCGGUUAUCUGGUCACUCUCGGGGGCGAGACAGCCACCGUCGUCUGUCCUCUGCGGAGACCUAAGGGCAAUCAAGGGGAAGUGGUUUCUUUUCUCGAAGCAUUGGGGAAGCUGGCGGUUGCUGGACAUUGCUGCAUCGACUUCAAUGUUCUCAAUGGAUGCACCGCAGCAGACGUCCCAAAACUACCCGCCUACCCCUUUUCCCACAAGAAGCUCUUCCUGUACCCAAAUUCUUCUUCUAGGCAGAGAAUUCGUCAGCCUCGCAACGGGCCGUUGAAUUACUCUCCGCUUUGUAUCAACUCGCAGACGCACCCUUACCUGGCUCAACAUGUGAUCCAAGGCGAGCCCAUCAUGCCUACCACAGGUUUUAUUGAAAUGGCAUUACGCUUAGAUAUGCUGCCCUAUCUCGAAUCGCCACAGACACAAUGCCAGAUGUUCAUCUGAGCACCCUGGCAAAGAUCUCUCGCGACGCUGAAAUUUUGGAUUCUAUGAAGCCAACAAAAGUCGUCAACCAUGUCAAAGCAGACUUCAACCACAAGAAGGGUGAUGUCAACCUCGAGUGCACUUGCUUCAGUACCCGUAUCAUGAAGUCUAGAUAUAGCGACCAAGUCAUCCAAAUCGAAACGAUGGUUAGAGAUAAGCGGACAAUCUUGAC